UAACAGCCAGCGGCGCUGACUCGGAGUUCAGGCCGGGGUCAGGGGGAGUUCGCAGCCCGGGUUUCACCUCCGAGCUGGCGGCGUCGGGAACCCCGAGGAACCGCCGCCGCCGCUGCUUCUUCUUCAUCAUCUUCCACCUCUUCCUCCUCCUCCUCCUCCUCCUCCCGUUCCGUAGGACCGGCCGGGAGCGCGGGGUAUGGAGGAGCAGCAGCAGCAGAGGAGGAGGAGGGUGGAAGGCAACAGCAACCGGCGGCGGCCCCCCCGGGGCUGAGCCAUGAGAGUUCACCGAGACCUCGGCUGGUUGGCGGAGGCCACCGGGCGCCCAGGGCGGCGGGCGAGGAGCGGGAUGCUGGACGCCAUGGAGGUGCCGAGCCACUCGCGGCAGCUGCUGCUGCAGCUGAACACGCAGCGCACCAAGGGCUUCCUGUGCGACGUGAUCAUCGUGGUGCAGAACGCGCUCUUCCGCGCGCACAAGAACAUCCUGGCGGCCAGCAGCGCCUACCUCAAGUCGCUGGUGGUUCACGACAACCUGCUCAACCUGGACCACGAGAUGGUGAGCCCCGGCAUCUUUCGCCUCAUCCUCGACUUCAUCUACACCGGCCGCCUGGCCGAGUGCGAGCCGGGUGGCGAGCAGAGCCUGGGCGCCGUGCUGGCCGCCGCCAGCUACCUCCAGAUCCCCGGCUUGGUGGCCCUUUGCAAGAAGAAGCUGAAACGCAGCGGCAAGUACUGCCACCUCCGCGGGGGCUACGCGCCCUACAAGCUGGGCCGGGGGCUGCGCGCCGCCACGCCGGUCAUCCAGGCCUGCUACUCGGGGACGCCGCGGCCGGUGGACCUGCCGCCCGUGGAGCCGGCGGCGCCGCUGAACACGCAGUGCGGGGAGCUGUACGCCUCGGCCGCCCAGGGCGCCCCGCUGCACCCCCACGGGCUGUGCCCCCCCGAGCGCCACUGCUCGCCGCCCUGCGGCCUCGACCUCUCCAAGAAGAGCCCCACCGGCCCCUCCGCACAGCUCCUGCCCACCGACCGCCUGCUGCCCGGCGAGCCCCGCGAGCCCUCGUUGCCCCCACGGCACGACAGCCCCCCCGUCAGUGCCGGCCUCCUGGCCGGCCACCCCGCCGCCUACAAGGACUCCCCGCCAGGGGGUGAGCCGGGGGGGCACCCCCACGCCCCCGACCCCUUCCGCAGCACGCCGCCCUGCCCCGAGCCCCCCCUGCCCCGCGCCGACGGGCGCGAGCUGAUGUACCGCUGGAUGAAGCACGAGCCCCUGGGCCCCUACCUGGACGAGGGGGAGGCGGAGAAAGAGCUGGAGCGGGAGGAAAAGGCCGAGUCGCCCCCCGCGGCGCCGCAGCCUCGUUACCCCAGCGUGGAGAGCAACGACCUGGAGCCCGAUAACAGCACGAGCGAGGAGACGGGCAGCAGCGAGGGCCCCUCGCCCGGCGACGCGCUGGACCGCUACUGCAACCACCUGGGCUACGAGCCGGAGAGCCUGGGCGACAACCUGUACGUCUGCAUCCCCUGCGGCAAGGGCUUCCCCAGCUCCGAGCAGCUCAACGCCCAUGUGGAGGCCCACAACGAAGAGGAGCUCUAUCACAAGGCGGCGGCCGAGCAGGCCGUGCCCUUCCUGGACAAGGGUGGCCCGGGGCUGGGUGACAUCUUGCGGCCCUACCGCUGCUCCUCCUGCGACAAGUCCUACAAGGACCCGGCCACGCUGCGGCAGCACGAGAAGACGCACUGGCUGACGCGCCCUUACCCCUGCACCAUCUGCGGCAAGAAGUUCACGCAGCGCGGCACCAUGACCCGCCACAUGCGCAGCCACCUCGGCCUCAAGCCCUUCGCCUGCGACGCCUGCGGGAUGCGCUUCACCCGCCAGUACCGCCUGACCGAGCACAUGCGCAUCCACUCGGGGGAGAAGCCCUACGAGUGCCAGGUGUGCGGCGGGAAGUUCGCCCAGCAACGCAACCUCAUCAGCCACAUGAAGAUGCACGCCGCCGGCCCCGACGGCAAAGCCAAGCUGGACUUCCCCGACAGCGUCUACGCCAUGGCCCGCCUCACCGCCGACCAGCUGGGGCUCAAGCAGGAGAAGGCGGCCGAGCUGCUCACCCACACCUCGCACUUCCUCAGCGACCCCAAGGCCAUGGAGAGCCUCUACCCGCUGGCCAAGUUCACGGCCGAGCACCUGGGGCUGAGCCAGGACAAGGCGGCCGAGGUGCUGGCGCAGGCUCCGCACCUCCACGCCGAGGCCGCCCGGACCAUAGAGCGAUACUCGCCCCCCUAGCGCUGGCCCGGCCGGGGGGCUUGGGCGGCCCACCGGGCUCCCCUCGCUGCCCUGUGUGGAGCUGGGGGUGUGGGGGCGGUGAGAGGCGGUGGGCGCUUGUCCCCCCGAGCGCUGCCGAAGGCCCCGGAGAACUCGCUCGUAGCGGAAGGUCCCAUGAGAGCUGCCCCGGGACGGCUGGACGGCGCGUCCCGCGACGAGCGCCCCGGCUCGCCCGGGAGAAGCCGAUUAAAUUCAGGGACUGACCUCGUGGCGUGGUCCCCCCCCUGCUCCCCGGGGCUCCUCGCCGUGGCGGGGGCUGCUGGGCACAAGCUGUGAGGCCGGGCUGCGCCCCGAGGCUUUGGAGGACAUGAGCCCGCUCCUUACCUCAGGGCCGUCCCCGGCACUGUCCCCCCGGGCAAGGGGGAUGCUCUGCCAUGACGGGACCCGGACUGUGCCGCCUCCACCGCCGCGGGCCUGUGAGUAGUUCGUCCGUCGCGGCCGGAGCUCCUCCGGCCUGACCGGGAGCGGCGAGCGUGGCCGUGCCGGGGCUGGGGUGGGGUGGGUGUGUGUGUGUGGUGUCACUGGCCAACCCGCCCCCCCCACCCUGGGACCAUGGCGGGAGCUCGGGGACAGACUGACGGAGGGGGACGGUGGGGUCUGAGCAGCGGGCGCGGGGCGAGGGGACGGCGGUCGGGUCCGUGCAGGGGGUGGGGGCCGGGAAAUGGCGAUGCUCCCCGCCCCGGAGCAAGCACUGAUCCCCUCUCCCGGCCCGACCCCCCCGGUUUCGGGAGGGGGGACAGGGCCUGUCCCAGACUGAGCCCCUGGGCCCUGCCCCAGCCAUCAGGGAUGCCCGGGGGGUCCCUGGGUGGGGGGAGCGACCAGGGACCCCGACGGCUUUGCCCUCGGGCAGCCACUCGCCUCGAUUUUUUUAUUUUUUAUUUUUUUUGCCAAAGAUGCCCGUCCCUAGCGUGGCCGGGCCGGGCCGGGGGGCUCAUGACAAAGACAAAGCGGUCUGGUUUGUCAGCUACGGGGGGGUGGGACGGGGCCAAGGGGUAGGGGGGAGACCCAAGGGAGGCACAGGGCUGUGGUGACCCCCUCGCCGUGGGACACCCCCUGCCACCACCGCACCCCAUCCCCUGACAUCUUGGUGUGGGCAAAGCCCCCCCUGGCCCGGACCCCCCCGGCCCGUGCCCUGACCCCUCUGCCUGGGGCUAAUGUGAAGCUUCUCCCCCCGGCCCCCAUCUCCGCGCCCCCUCCUCUCCUUUGCACAAGAGGCCCCGGGGCGGCUCCAGCAGCGACUGUCCCCGACCUCGCAGCCACUGUGCCUUAGCCUGAGCUGGCCGCUCCUGCCCGGGUUGCCCCCCUCAUCCCCUCCUGCCCCCCACGGGCUACCCGGGUCCCCCCGGGGGUCCCCAAGGCAGGCAGCGUCCCUGGGGAGCCGCCGUGGGGCGAGCGGCUGCCGCAGCAGCACCCAAAGCACAGCUGGGGUCCGCCAGCCCCCUCUGUAUCACGUCCGAUUUGUACACGGGCUCCUCGCCCUUAUUUUUUUUUUUUUUUCUAUAGUCGAAACCGAAUGAGCAAUAAAGUGACAUU